AUGCACCGGAGACUGGAUCCGGUCUUUCGGUCGAUUAGGAAGAUGGCGUCUUCAGGGGCGGAGCCGCAGGUCCUAGUACAGUACUUGGUGUUACGAAAGGAUCUGUCGCAGGCUCCGCUCUCCUGGCCGGCAGGAGCACUGGUAGCACAAGCUUGCCACGCAGCCACCGCGGCUUUGCACGUUCACCGCGACCACCCGCACACAGCCGCCUACCUCCGGGAGCUGGGGCGCAUGCGCAAGGUGGUGCUCGAGGCCUCAGACGAGCCCGCCCUGCAGGAGCUGGCGGAGACCCUGCGGCAGAGGAACAUCGACCACGUGCUGUGGCUGGAGCAGCCGGAGAACACGGCCACCUGCCUGGCGCUCCGGCCCUACCCCAAGGAGGAGGUGAGCCAGGUCCUGAAGAAGUUCCGCCUGUUCAGAUGACCGCGCCCGCCGGCCCCCAGCGCCCCGUUCCCCUUUCAGUGUCAGCUCGCCCUCCCUCCCCGUUACGAAAGCUUCCUGGCAGCCAGAACACGCGUGUCCAUGUCAAGGUGUCAUUAAUAAAUACUUCCUCGUUCAUGACAAGA